CCCACGCUUUCUGAGAGAGCGCCGAGCAUCCUCCAGGUCGUGGUCCACUCCCUCCCCGGUGGUGACACUUACAAUCCAGCAAUGGCACCCAAGAAGGACGUUAAGAAGCCCGAGCCGGCAAAGAAGGCAGAACCUGCGCCCGCACCCGCACCCGCUCCUGAACCCGAGGCCAAACCCAAAACAGCGGCAGUAGAUCUGUCUACGAUCAAGGUGGAGUUCAGUCCUGACCAGCUCGAGGACUACAGGGAAGCUUUCGGCCUCUUCGACAGGGUCGGUGACAACAAAGUGGCCUACAACCAGAUCGCCGAUAUCAUGCGCGCUCUGGGCCAAAACCCCACCAACAAGGAGGUGAACAUCAUCCUGGGCAAACCCAGCGCUGACGAUAUGGCCAAUAAGAGAGUGGAGUUCGAGGGUUUCCUGCCCAUGCUGCAGUACGUCGUCAACAGUCCUAACAAGGGGAUGUUCGAGGACUACGUUGAGGGUCUGCGUGUUUUCGACAAGGAGGGAAACGGCACAGUGAUGGGUGCUGAGCUGCGUAUUGUCCUCUCAACACUGGGUGAGAAGAUGUCCGAGGCCGAGGUCGAUGCUCUGAUGGCCGGACAGGAGGACGAGAACGGCUGCGUCAACUAUGAGGCUUUUGUGAAACACAUCAUGUCAGUGUAAGCAGUUGCGGCUCAUGAGGAAGCUCGAAUAUUUCUCCUGACCCCAUGGUGUCAGGACGUCUGUGCGCUGUUUCCUGAGCCAGCAGGGAAACAAAGUGAAAUAAAGGGACUGUGGCACGUCUAAGCCGUUCUUGUUUAUAUCCCUCGUUUUCUUUCCUCCUCGUCGUGUUCACACUUGAAGGCGUUUUCAUUUUCUUCUGUCUUGUUGUCAUGCUAACAUCCGUCCACAGUAGGGCAGUAAUGAGGCAGGAUCGGGGUGUCAUGGCUGCUCUUUAUGGUAGACAACCCUAAAAACACACACACACACACACACACUCACACACACACACACUCCCAGUUUUCGUCGUCUGAAGGUGCUAAUAUAUACCGCCUCCACUGUGGACUGGUUUUGGUUUCGCCCCUUUUACCCCCCAGAGUCGUAAUUUAUUUUUUGUCUCUGUCGUUUCUCAUAAUAAACUUUUCACAAACUAAA